UCUAUGAAGACUGAAUAUAGUAAAGAGAUCACAAACAUAUUACCUAGAAUCAGUUAAACUCAUUGCAUAAAAGUACCACAACCAUAAGUAUUUUUUUCUUUGCACUUGUUUAGAUGAUAAUUGUUAUGAGUAGUCCUUAUAUGGUAGUCACGCCAUCACGUGACUAACAAGCAACCCUGUAAGCCUGCGAUGUGAUUUGAAUAAAUUAGUCUGAAUGUGAUCUUGCCGUAGCCUGUAGUCCUGUUACUAUUACAGCCAUAACUCAAAUCAUUACAUGGUACCAGGAGUCGGAGGUCCAGGGCGACAAUAAUCAUAGAUAUGGAGAAAAUCAAGCCACCGCCAGAACUAGACAUGGAUAGUCGGAAUUUAGCGGAAGCAUGGAGAGAGUUUGAAGAGAGCUGGGAGCUGUACGAGAUAUCGAGUGGGCUAACAACAAAGGAGGAGAAGGUCCAAGUGGCCACACUUUACAGUAUAGUGGGGCUGAAAGCCCGAAGAGUUUUAAAGACGCUACCAGGAAUACCAGAGGUGAUAGCAGAGAGAAAGGUCAAAGACACCCUGAAGGCCCUAAAGGAUUAUUGUAUGCCGCGCACGAAUGUAACCUAUGAGAGGUACAUUUUCCGAACAACCACUCAAGGGGAACGGCAGUUCGAUACAUUUCUAACCGAGUUGAGACGCAAGGCCGCGCUGUGUGACUUUGGUGUAAUAAAGGACUCGCUCAUACGUGAUCAAAUCGUUAUUGGAACCAACAGCCCUACGCUGAGGGAGCGACUCCUCCGUGAACCGGAUUUAACCCUCACGACAGCCAUAAAUCUGUGCCGAGCUUCAGAGCAGGCGAUUGAGCAAUCGAAGUUGAUCACGAGGCCAGAGCAGUCACAGGAAAUCAAGGAAAUUGAUUCGCUAAACGCAAGAGCUCCGACACAGAAUCAGAACAAGGGACAGAGCUUCAAAUGCAGAUUUUGUGGGCUGCAACACGAUCAGGGGAAUUGCACAGCAUACAACGCAACCUGCCAUCGGUGCAAGGAGAAAAAUCACUUCGCCCGCUGUUGCACGAGGAAACUCCCCCAACCGCAAGCACAUCAACAACAGCGUGGUGCUUCUAGAGCUAUCCGCGAGGUCGAGUUACAAGAGCAGCAAGACCCAAACAACCUGUAUAAAGAAAUCGAGAGCCUUUACAUCGAAGAGAUCAAAAGUAGCAACAAGAUAAAGUGUGUGGAACAGUGCCUGAGUUUGAAUGGGAAGAACGUGACUUUCAAAUUAGACAGCGGCGCAGAAUGUAACGUGAUCCCGGAAGCGGUUGCGAAAGAACUUGACUGCACGAUCGAACAAACAGCACUCAAACUACGAGCUUUCGAAGGAAACCCCCUAAAAACUGUAGGCAAAUGCUAUAUAGAUACACUUGUCCAAGGGCAAGAUAGCCCAAUCGCAGUUGAGUAUUAUAUAGUAGAGCACAAUAUUAGACCCAUUUUAGGCGUAGAAACGUGUCUGAAGUUAGGUUUAAUCACAUUUAGUGGUGGUGCGCGAGCGCAAGGUCUUAGCAUAGAUGCGCUAGAGCAGCCACGCAACCUCCUGGAUCAGUUUGAGGAUGUUUUCACAGGUCUGGGAUGUGUUGAGGGUGAGUAUGAUAUCUGCCUCAAAGAGGGCGCAAGUCCUACAAUUCAGCACCAACGAAAUGUUCCACUGCGUUUGAUAGAGCAGUUAAAAACCACCAUCAAUGACCUUGAGCAACGGGAGGUAAUCAAAAAGGUCAACGAGCCAGUUGAAUGGGUGAGUAACCUUGUUAUUGUAGAGAAGAAAGAUAAAUCCCUUAGACUAUGCCUAGACCCCCCUGAUUUAAAUGAAGCCAUUGUAAGGGAAGAUUAUAAACCGCCUUCAAUCGAGAAAAUAUCAAGCACCCUUAAUGGGUGUACGGUAUUUACAGUUGUAGAUAUGUCCAGUUGCUAUUGGCAUAAGAAGCUGAGUGAUGCAGCAUCAUUACUCUGCACAUUUAACACGCCCUUUGGUAGGUUCCGGUUUUGUAGAAUGCCAUUUGGAAUUUCAUGUGCUAGUGAAGUGGCACAAAAAAUGGUAGAGGAGCAUUUUGGUGACAUAGAAGGUGUGCUUCCUGUUUAUGAUGACAUUAUUAUUGCAGGAAAAACGACAGCCGAGCAUGACAGAGCCCUACACAAGGUGCUUGAGAGAGCCAGGGAACGCAACAUCAGAUUCAACAAAUCCAAGAUACAGUACCGGCUAGACAAGGUUGACGCCUCAAAGAGUGGACUUGGAGCCUGUUUGCUCCAGAAUGGUCAACCAGUAGCAUAUGCCUCCAGGGCCCUGACUAGUGCAGAGCAAAACUAUGCACAAAUAGAGAAGGAGUUGCUUUAA